CGGCCACGCCAUAAACUCGAGAUCAAAAUCAAAUGUGUUGACGCCCUCAGCUCUAAGUGAGUUCAUUCACUGAGAUGAGCUGAGCUAGCUAGCUGAGUAUUACUUCACCACAUUUCACGGGCGACGAUCGAAGCUGCUUUUUCAUUAAUAGAGUCUUGUCCAAUAUACGAAUGGAUUUCCUAAUGGAUUGAUGGCAAAUGGAAUUAGUUCUUGUACUAGUAUAAUCUAGCUCUAUACUAAAAAGCCAAACUAGCAGAGGAAGUUCUUGAAUUCUAUAUCUUGUCAGAAUGGCUCAGAAGGUGUGUUUCAUCACUACUGGAGUUAUUGGUACUCUUCUAGUUAUUGCUGGCAUCAGUUUUGUUCACUACUUUCCAAUCAUCUUUGAAAGCAUUGUCAAAAAGCAAACUGUCUUGGCAAACAACAGUACUGGCUUUGAGGAAUGGGCUAAUCCUCCAGCACCUAUUUUUCUGGAAUUCUAUGUAUGGAAUCUAGAAAAUCCUGAUGGAGUGGUAAAAGGUGAUAAACCCAAUGUCACAGAGAGAGGUCCUUAUGUUUACAGGGAAGAACGCCCCAAGGUGAAUGUGACAGAGCAUGGGAAUGGAACUGUCUCUUAUACAUCCCCUCAAUCCUUCUUCAUAGAUCUGGACCUAUCAGUAGGAGACCCAAUGAAUGAUACAUUUACAACACUCAAUGUUCCUUUAUUGACUGUUGUGAAUGAGCUGCAGUUUAUGUCGGCUGCUGAGAGGAUUGCUCUUUACAUCUUGAUUGGAAAGCACCAGGAUGUGUGUGUUACCCAUACUGUUCAUGAAUACAUCUGGGGAUACAAAGAUGAGGUGCUUACCAAGAUCAAGGAAUUCAAACCGGAUCUAGUGCCUACAGACGUCUUUGGAUUUUUUGCGGGGAAAAACAACAGUAAUGAUGGAGUUUAUACAGUCUACACAGGAGAAACUGAUUCUAAAUUAACUAAUAUUAUAGACAAUUGGAAGGGUAUGGAGAGUCUUCCUUACUGGACCACACCACAGGCUAACAUGAUCAAUGGCACAGAUGGAACUUACAACCAUCCAUUCAUCACCAAGAAUGAUACUGUUUAUGUCUUUUCUUCUGAUAUCUGUAGAUCCAUCUAUGCUCUCUUUUUGGAAGAAACAAAUACGAGGGGUGUGCCUACUUAUCGGUUUGCUCCACCCUCGUACCUGUUUGCUAAUUACACAAUCUACCCCCCUAAUAUUGGUUUCUGCACCCCUGAUGAGGCACAUUGCUACCCUGGAGGGCUCCUGAAUGUUAGCCUUUGUCAGUUUGGUGCACCAAUCUUCAUGUCAUCUCCACACUUCCUCUAUGCUGACCAGUCCGUUAUGGACAUGGUCAUUGGUGUUCAUCCAGUAGAAGAGCUUCAUCGGACAUUCUUUGAUGUAGAACCAUAUACUGGUGGCCCAUUGAAUGUAUCCAAGAAGUUACAGAUCAAUGCACAUUUAAAAAGUUAUGACUUCUACUGGGAAGAUUGGUACAAGCAUGUUUCAGAAGCAUAUGUUCCUUUAGUAUGGAUCAAUGAACAUGGGGCAGUCACACAAGAGUCUGCUGAUGAUCUUAAGAAACAGCUGUACCUACCAUUGAAGAUUGGAACCUAUGGUACAUGGUCAGUCUUAGGGUUUGGAUGUCUCCUGGUUGUCCUAUCUCUAACAUGUAUAUCAGUUAUGGUCUGUAAAGCAAAGAGAUCAUCAAGGCCUCUGGAUUACUCUGUUAAUAUUGAUGCAAAUGCUCCACUGAUUAAUGGUAGUACUAGAACAGAGAUUGUGCCAUCGUGAUGUGAAAGUAUAAAAGAAUGGACUAUGGAUAGCUAUUGGUUUUAACAACAAAGCUUCAUACAGUGCAGUGGAUGAAGUGUAAUGACUUUCCUUAAAACUAGAGAGCAAGUGUGAUGAUGAGGAACAUGUAUGUGGGAUGCUGUUGGAUUGGAUUGAAUUUCCAAAUCUUCAUGUAAACAUAUCCAAAGCACAAUUGUACAAAGAAUAUUUCAAGAUAACAUAUACAAACAUUUUGUCAGUGUAUGUUUUUUUUUAAAUCUCCUUGUAGUCAAUUGAGCAAUUAGGUAUAAAAUACUUUGUCCUUCAGAAUCAAAUGUCUUCCUUUCAAAAUUGUUAAUUAUUUUUGGUUAACCAAAUUAGCUUCUCUUAUUAUUUUAAAAACAUUCCAUGUUGCUCAGGUAUGGUGAACAAUGUAAUUCUGUAGAUUGAAGAAAAUGUGCAUUCCAGCCGCAGUAGAAAGAUCAUCCAUUGUAAGCACAAAUAAGCUCAAUCCCAGACCCAAUCUACAUGAUGACAUUACAAAAAUUUGGUCCGGUUAUAGCUUAAGUUAAUUACACAGACUAAUUGGAAUAAAAAAAAAAUCAUCCAUUUAUGAUUUAGUAGACAAAGAGAAAAAUUAAAAUUUUCGCCUAGACAUUGUCUCAUUGUUGUUUGAAUGUUCUGGAAGAUUUUUAAUAAUGUCAUAAAAUUCUUUGCGUUCCCCCAAAAUGGUGUAAAACAUCAUUAUGCCCCAUGUCCUUUUAGAGUUCAAGUUAUUAAAUAUAUCAAUUUGAAACCUACAGACUAGAUUUAAAGUGGGCUAGUUCCAAACACACCAAAGAAAUAAAGUCAGCAUUACAAGUAUUUCUGCAACAGCUCAUAUUUUUUGUGUUAAGUGAAAAGUCUUGUCAGUAAAUUUGUUAAUAAUGCAAGUUACUUUAAGUUCUGUUUCAAGCAGGUAGUCUACAUCACUGGCUUUCCCAACUGAAAGUUAUCUGUAUGUAAUUCUAAUCACCUGGAUCUUAUAAGCCUAUAUAUAUAUAUAAUCCAGUUUAUGUGGGUCAGUAAUAAUUGUAAAUUGAAGAACAGAUAUUGAUUAUUCUUGACAUGUGCAAUUUCAGGAUUUCAGUUAUGAGUUCCCCUAUUGUGCACGGCUAUCUGUACAUUGUAUGUUUAUUACUUUAUGAAAUGUGAAUUGUAGGUAUGUCUAACUGAUUUAGAUGUACAUGUAUUAUAUUAUCUUUAUUUGUUUACUGCGGGGGGGGGGCUUCAUUUCCCCCUCCAUAUUUUUAACCAGUGGAUGAAGGAAUCUGCUGUUCUAGAUGGAAAUUAUGAAAAAAGAGACAAAUUAUGAAUUAAUUGAAUUUAGCAAUGCUACCUUCUUCAUGAAGUGAAUAGUAUUGACAUGUUAUACUUGUAAUCUCAUUCAGAUACAUGUAUGUUAAGUCUCUGAGUGUAAACCAAGUCAUGAUUGAAACUCACUACUCAAAUUAUGAGUGUGUAAUUGAGUGUUACACUGCCAUAUAGUGAAGUGCUUUUCAAGUACUUCUUGUAUGCAAAUAUUUGCCUUUCAGGUUAAGGAGGAACAUGUGAUUUUCAUGAUAUCUUUCAACAAAGUAAAAAUAAAGCAUUAGGAAUGAAUAUAUGAAAUAAAAUGCCUUAGCAAUAUAUUUUUUGCCAUUAAUAGUAUGAAAUGCAUUUUUUGUUUUAUAGUUGAAAGAUUUUUAUAUGGGUAUACAUGUAAUUAUAGAUAAACUUGGAGAUGUUAAGCAUUCUUACUGGUCAAUUACUUUAUUAAGUUGUGAGCAGAUAUACAUUUCAGUAUACAUAUGCAUUGCAUGAGUUUGUUUUAAAUUCAGAUGUAAACAGCCUGCCUAUGGUGCAUCACAUGCAUUGGUUUUGUAACUGCCUGCCAGUGGUUACUUUAUAUGCGUCAGUUAUAAAUUUCAUGUAUAAACUGCCCACCAAUGGUUGCACCACAUGCAUUGGUUUUAAACUUCAGAUGUAAACUACCCAUCAGUGGAUGCAUAGCGUCUGAUUUAAAUUUCAGAUGAAAACUACCUGUCAAUACCAUACAAAUCAGAAUCUGAAUUUCAGAUAUGUUGUAAAUUUGCUUUAUAUAUUCUGUAUUUUGUUAAAGUUGAUUUCACAAACUCAGAAUAGACAUAAUGCUAAUUUAUAACUUUGCCAUGGCUGAAUUUUAUCAGAAUUGUUGAAGUGUUAGUUUGUGCUGUUAAUAGAUAUGUAGAUUAUAAUUAUUAUCGUAAUAGCCUUUGAACUUUGUAAUUUUUAGAAAUCAGUGUGAACCACUUUAAAAGUGAUAACAAUUUUUGUGUUCUGUGUAAAUAUCAUGCGCCGAAUUAUGGUGAAAAGUCAGGAAAGUUCAUCAAUGCAAUUUUCAUAGUUCGUUGUUUUGUGUACAAAGAUAAUCAUAAAUUAAUCUUAAGCAAGCUUAACACUGCAUUGAUAAUGACUUAUAUUUUGACGGGUUCAAAUUCUGUGCUAUUUAUUGUCUUUUGUAAGAUUAUCUGUCAAAUCAUAAAAAUGGUUCUCUUUGUGUGUAAUGUUGUAUUUUUGUUGUAAGAGAAAUUGUGCAUCAUGCAUUGGGUAUUGAUAUGCAUGGGGCAUUGAUAUUCUAAAAGCUAAUUAAUAAUCAAUAAUUAAGUUGCUAAUAUACCAGUAUGUUGUGCCUGUGAGUGAAUCAGUACUAAAGUAAUAUAUUUCUGAAAAUGAAUAUUCUCUAGCUCUGAUGUAAAUAAUUUGAUCAAUUUUAUACAAUUUCGGGUGAUGAGAUUCAGGUUUUUAAUAGUAGUGUAUACUGUCACAGGUGUUAAACCAAAGAUUUCUAAAUCGCCUUUUUCAAAUUCUGAAUAAGGACCACAUCUAUUGCUAUCAUCUGAUGUGACUUGUAUUUUAACUGUAUUGUAUAAAUCUUUGUAUUAAGAAACUUAAAACUUGUAAGAUGAUUUAUAGUUCUGUUGGAUCUAUGUGCAUUAUUUGGUUAAACUUGGCAACAGUCACAUUAACAGAGUUAAUAAUUAUACAAAUUUCUUUGUUUACUGAUCAUGAAGGAUGCUCAAGAAUAUGUAAUAUUCAUGCAUAACAAUUCUAUUGACACUGACAAUAUUUUUGUAUUUGUUUAUUUUAAAGGGCCAGAAAGGAUAUCAAUGUUUGAAAUGAGAACCACAUGUACAUGUUUUAAAGUGUGCAUGUAUCAUGAUGUAACCAAGGAGGUACCUUAUUCUAGAUUUGUAAUAUUAUGCAUGUCAUGUAUCAUUCUUUUAUUUUUAUCAACUUGAUAGAUGACUAAUUCCGCAAACAAAAAUAUUGAUAUAUUGAAAAUGAGAUAUUGUAAAUAAGUGAUCACAAUCUAAAGUUACAGAUUAUUGAUUAUAAGCAUUUUGUAUUAAAAAGAAUAAAAAAGUUCUUUCUUUUUGUUAGAUUUACCCACCUGAGAUUUGAAAUUGAUCUGCAAAUUUAUCAUUACUGGUAACAACUAUCAUUUAUUUUGGCUGGUAAGCAAUAUUUCCAUGUUUGCAGUGAGGACCUUGACUGUUGGUUAAGACUCCGUAUUCUGAACUCGGGUUUAAAUUAAACUCUGGUUUAAAGUUGUGGUUUAUCUAUGGAGAGCCAAUUGGGGCACAAAUUCCUUACAGUGCACAUCCAAUCUAUUAAUUCAUAUGACACCUAAAUUGUUCAUAAUUGUCUGGGAUUGAUAAAUUAAGUAUUUUGAAGUAUUUUUCUUCAUUAUGAAAGCAAAAUGUUAAACAUAAGAAAUGUACAAUAGAAACAGCAUUUUUGGCUCCCAUAACUUCAGAACAGAGUUAGACUAUGGUCUAAGGUAAACCUGACUUCAGGCAUGUAUGUUUUAGGGUAAAAAAUAUAGUCUAUUUUCACAUUACACAUGAUAUUGAAUAUUAAAUAUUUAUGUCUAAUACUUUAUUUUGAAUCAUCUUGCCAAUUUUCAAAAUCCAGUAGACAAUCAUAUGAUUGUCUACUGUUCCCUUUCUACCCAGUAUUGGGUAAAAUCAGGAAAGAAGGAUAUAAGACUUCGAGAUGCAUUCCCGCUUUCUUCUUUCCCUCCAAUCUUCAAAAUCCCAUAUAUAAACUUGAGGAGGAGCGAUAGCUCAGUCGGUAGAGCGAGGGAUUCAUAUUCCGGUGACCCGGGUUCGAUUCCCACUUGGUGCGCUAGUGCCCUUUGGCAAGGCAUUAAUCCUCAGUACCAGGUCCUUCAGAGAGGACCUUAAGCCGUCGGUCCUCUGGUUGAUUGCUUACAAGCAUUCAUGCUUUCUUAGCAAUCAGGUAAAAAAAAUCACCACCAAUCAAUCAUAUAUGAUGAAUAAUUUAUUGUGUGUUCAACCCUGAAGAUUGUAGAAAGUAUGGGUCCAUUAAAUUAACUCCAUUUCAGAUUCAUUUUUUAUCUAUUGCUGUUAAAUAUGUGCAUACAAAUAAUUGCAUUUUGUUAUUAUUAUUCAUUUGGCCAUAAAAACAUACAAAUUGUAGUGGAAAGACAAAAAUACAAUUUCAAAGUGAAUAAUUACAUAUAAACAAGUGAAAAUUAAAGAAAAAAAGAGAGACAAAUGGAGAUAGCAGAUUCAGAAUAGUUGUGUUAAUUUAUAUCAUAUAAAUGAUCUUCAGGUGAUCUUUGUCCAAGGCAAAUAUAUUGGGAUCACACGACUCUGUUUGACUUUGGAGAAAUUUGACUUAAAAGAGGUAUAUAACGGUUACAUGACAUUUGCUCUGGCAACAAUUGCUCAAUGAAAAAUUUGCACGUUAAACCAAACCUAAAUUGUAACCUCCAACUCUAAAGAAACACUUACCCCUGUCUUUACAUUAUUCUAUCACAAUCCUAACUCUAACCUAUACCCUCUGAGUUAUUAAGAUUGUAGUAAAUGUCACAGGAGCAGAUGUUGUGUUGCCUACAUGCUUUGGAUAAUCUGAUCUGAAUAAUUGCUUUCACUGAAGGAAAUAUUCAAAUUAUUUUAAGGUUAACUUUAUGCAAGUUUGACUGUAUUAUAAUAACAUGGUGCUCCAAUUAUUGCUUUUGGCAUUAUGUAUGAGGAAUUACUGCCUUUUGGUUGGUGGUGGUGGUGAUUGUAAUUACAGUGAUGGUGGUGGGUGGGGGAACAUAUAAAAUCAUGAAUAUUUUUAUUUAGUCUUUAAGAUUAGAGAUAAAGGAUUGUAUAACAACCACCAUUGAUGGUACCUAAUCUUAAAUAGACAGACAGCGACAGAGAUGAAGAAAAGGAAAUGAAAUAAAUUGAGGAAUUUGGGUUAAUUGUAGUUAUAGUUAUAGACAUUAUCACUGAGUAUGUGUUAUUCAAUGAUAAUAUGCAUGUAACUGUACAGUGUAUAUGUGCGAAUCAUGUAUAUUUUAGAACAUUAAGGCCUGUUUUUCACAAAGGGGGUUUACACACCAUAAUGUGAUGUUCACCCCCAGAUUUAGUAAGGGCUAAUUAAACCAUAGUUUAAAUUUUAGCCUGGGCUAAGUUGUGAAUACCAGCCUAAAUGUUUGAAAAGAUUACCAGUCAAAUACAUGUGCAUAAAAUGUUCUAUGUGCUCUUAAAUUAAAUUUUGGUGAAUGCACUCUACUGAUACUGCUUUGUAAAAAUACAUAUUCUUCAGGUUUUUUUUUAAUAAAUUGAUAAUUAAAAUAAAAAUGAUUUUGAA